AUGGAGAGGGGGGCUGGGGCGGCCGGCCAUGAGGAAGAAGACGGAGGAGGUCACCAGGGAGGAGUUCGCGCGGAGGUCGCCGGUGUUAGGGUCGUGUUAGGAGGUGGCCACUGGGGAGGAGUUCGCGCGGCCGGCGUCGGGGUGGUGACGGGAGGAGGCGACGGCCAACUACAGGCUGGCGUGUCGGGGCUCGACCGACUACGGGGCAAUGCAUUGGGGCUUUCCUUGGUGGCGCGUCUAGAGGAGGCCGCCGGCGUCGGGGUGGCGACGGAUGGAGGCGGCGGCUGUCUAUGGGGCGGCGCGUCGGGGACGAAGCGGCAGGGCGGCGCGUCGGGACGAUGGGCGGCGUGUCGGGGCUCGGCAGGGCAGCGCGUUGGCACAGCGCAGAGGAGCGGCGGCGGGCUGAACUGGUGA